UCCAAAAAUGCGCAUGGCAAGGGGACCUCUGUACCUCGCCUUCUUCUUCCUCCAGCUCUCGCUUCAAACCUCCACCUCCCACCCAUUCCCCCUCCCCCUAUGGCCUCUUCCCACCCACAUCUCCUACCCCAACCCCAUCUCCAUCCCCAUCUCCCCCUCGUUCCACAUCCUCACCCCCAAUCUCAACCCUAACCGCCACCUCCUCUCCGCCAUCAAUCGCUACACCCACCUCCUCCUCUCCGAAAACUUCAUCCCCAUCAUCCCCCCUCCAAUUCACCUAUCCCGUUCCCCUCCCCUUCUCUCCCUCUCCAUCUCCAUCUCCCACCCCUCCUCCCCUCUCCACCCAUCCACCAACGAAUCCUACACUCUCUCCAUCUCCUCCUCCUCUGGCCUCGCCUCCCUCUCCGCCGACACUCCCUGGGGCGCCAUCCGCGGCCUCGAAACCUUAUCCCAGCUCGCAUGGGGAAACCCUCCCGUGAUCGCUGCCGAUAUCUUCAUCGCCGAUGGGCCUAUUUUCGAGCACCGGGGUUUGAUGCUGGAUACGUCGAGGAGUUACUUCCCGGUUAGGGAUUUGAAGAGAUUGAUCGGGGCGAUGGCGGCAAAUAAGAUGAAUGUAUUUCACUGGCAUAUAACGGAUGCUCAAUCCUUCCCGAUCGAGCUGCCGUCGGAGCCGGAGUUGGCGGAGAAAGGGGCAUACGGGGCGGAGAUGAGGUAUUCGCCGGAGGAUGUUAUGGAUUUGGUGGAGUUUGCUUUGGAUCAUGGUGUCAGGAUCGUCCCCGAAAUUGAUGCUCCUGGCCACACGGGCUCAUGGGCCGGAGCCCAUCCCGACGUCGUCACUUGCGCCAACAUGUUCUGGCUCCCGGACGGCCCAAACUCGUGGUCCACCCGACUGGCCUCCGAGCCCGGCACCGGCCAACUGAACCCUCUCCACCCCAAAACCUACCUCAUCCUCCACCACAUCUUCUCCGACCUGUCCUCCCUCUUCCCCGACCCAUUCCUCCAUGGCGGCGCCGACGAAAUCGCCCCUUCCUGCUGGUCCACCGAUCCCUCCAUCCGCUCCUUCCUCGCCGCAGGCCACACCCCCUCCACCCUCCUCUCCACGUUCAUCAACAGAACCCAUCCCCUCAUCACCUCCCUCAACCGUACCGCAAUAUAUUGGGAAGACGUCCUCCUCAACUCCGACGUCAAGGUCCCCCAUUCCCUCCUGCCCCCUUCCACCACCAUUCUCCAAACCUGGAACAACGGCCCAAACAACACCAAACUCAUCGCCUCCGCCGGCUACCGCGUCAUCGUCUCUUCCUCCGAUUUCUACUACCUCGACUGCGGGCAUGGGGACUUCGUCGGAAACGAUAGCAGUGGCGGGGAGUCGUGGUGCGAACCGUUUAAGACGUGGGAGAGGAUAUAUGGAUAUGAUAUAUUGGAGGGGAUUGAGGGGGAGGAGGGGAGGCGGUUGGUGUUGGGAGGGGAGGUAGCGAUGUGGACGGAGCAGGUGGAUGGGGAGGUUUUGGAUGGGAGGGUUUGGCCGAGAGCGGCGGCGAUGGGGGAGGCGAUGUGGUCGGGGAAUAGGGAUGAGAGUGGGAGGAAGAGGUUUGCGGAGGCGACGGAUAGGUUGAGCGGUUGGAGGGAGAGGAUGGUGGGGAGGGGGAUUAGGGCUGAGCCCAUUCAGCCCCUGUGGUGCCGGAACAAUCCGGGGAUGUGCAAUCUUGUUCAGUAAUAGCAGAGAUAUCAUAUUGGAAGAUUUACAUAUAAGCCCCUAAAAUCUCUAUGUAUU